AUGUUCACGUUUAAAUUCCCGGCCGAAACGCCGGCCGACGAGGAGCCAUCGACCGUCGACACUGAGGACGCCGAGAUAGGUGGAACACCCGGUUCGCUGACUGGGGAGGUAGCCGACGACUGCAGGGAGGAGGAGGCUGGGGACCGCCCGCGCAAGAAGCGCUCAAGAGCGGCCUUCUCCCACGCCCAGGUGUACGAGCUGGAGCGGCGCUUCUCGCACCAAAAGUACCUGUCCGGCCCGGAGCGGGCUGACCUGGCGCAGGCGCUGAAGCUCACCGAAACUCAGACUUUGACGACGAAGAACGACCCCAGCUCCUGCAGCGUCCGCUAG